AUGCGACCCUACAACAUCUUGCCCCCCAUGGAUGCCGUGCUGUCUCAGAUCUCGCAGCUGGCGUCUUCCGCUGACAGAUAUACGCGCCGAAGCAUCAUUGACUCGCUGCGGAAAGCUGCGGACUCGCUUGAGGACACCGUUGGCACCACCCAUAGAUUUGGACACCUUGAUCUCGAGAAAGCCACCAUCCAGCUAGGCUAUGAUUUGAACAUCUUCAAGUUCCUAGGCACGGCCAAGGGCCCACGGACGGUAGAGGAAAUUGCUAAACAGGCCAACGCCAGCCCGCAACUUAUUAAGAGGCUUCUGCGUUACUUCAAUGCCAUCAAUGUCGUUACCGAAGUUCAAGUGGGUACAUUUGAAGCCAAUAAUAUCACCCGUAACUUGUGUGAGGACCUAGCGGAAGCCGCAAUUGGCCAUUACUAUGGCAUCGUGGCCAAGCAGUAUCAGGAGACUCCUGCAUAUUUAAAGGAGAUUGGCUACGAAAACCCUACAGACGAGACGAACACGGCAUUCCACUAUGCCUUCAACACCAAGGUUCACCCCUUCCAGUACAUGGUCGAGCACCCUGAGCAACUAGAUCACUUUAAUAGGUAUAUGGCCCUCCGCCGCCAAGCUGAGCUCUCAUGGCUAGCCGUGUACCCGGUCCGUGAAGAGGCCGCUGGCCUCACCGAUUCGGAACGGCCUCUGUACGUCAAUGUUGGUGGUGGCAUCGGUCACCAGUGCGCGCAAUUCAAGGAAAAGUAUCCCGAUCUACCGGGCCGCGUCAUCCUCGAAGACCUGCCCGGCACCGUGGCACAGGCGCUGCCGACUCCCGGGGUAGAAAACCUGGUCCACGACUUUUUCAUGCCGCAGCCGAUCAAGGGAGCCAAGUUCUACUUCAUGCGUGGGGUACCACACAACCACCCUCCGCACAGGGUCAAGCUUCUCUUUUCUAACAUAAAGGAUGCCAUGGCUUCUGACUCGGUCUUGCUGGUUGACGAGACCGUACUACCUGAGAAGGGUGUCGGCUUCAUUGCCUCGUCCAUCGACCUAACUAUGCUGGGUGCCUUUGCGAGCAUGGAGCGCACCGAGGCCGAGUGGCGUGAACUUGCCGAGAGCGUGGGCCUAGUUCUGACCAAGACAUACACAUAUAACGCUCUUGAGAAUGAAACCGUCAUGGAGAUGAGGUUGCCCAAGUCUUCCUAA